AAUAGCCAUGCGGCGAGUGUUUCAGAACUGCCCAAUUCGCACGCGGAGUGAAGCCUUGCGUCCCGUGAGCCACCGGGGCCUGCCUCGGCAGCGUUCCUUGCGUCGCGGCGUCCAAUAAGAGCGGAGGACGCUGUGGUGCAUUGGCAAGGAUAAUCAGAAUGCAGACUCCAGUAGCUCUCCUGGCUUCGCCAGCUUUGCUCCGCUGCUGUUCUCGAGGCCUAACCAGGCCAGUUUCUCUAGCUGUAUUUAGCAGGCCAGAGACUCAAACUGCGCAGUCUUUCGGCAUUUCCCAUCGUCAACUGGCUCACCGAGAAUUCCAGACUACUGCUGUCUCCCAUGAUAUUGAUACUGCUGCUAAAUUUAUUGGCGCUGGUGCUGCUACAGUCGGGGUAGCCGGCUCGGGAGCUGGGAUUGGCACAGUGUUUGGCAGCUUAAUCAUUGGUUAUGCCAGGAACCCAUCCCUCAAGCAGCAGCUGUUUUCUUACGCUAUCUUGGGUUUUGCCCUCUCAGAGGCCAUGGGGCUCUUCUGUUUGAUGGUGGCAUUCCUCAUUCUAUUUGCUAUGUGAAAACCUCAGAGCUAUGCUGCAGCUACCGCCUGUCUGUGUCCUCUCCAGUUUGAGCCUGCCUCCCUUGCCAGAGUGUUACCGAUUUAAACAAACUUUAUCUAAAUAAACAAGAUUCAAAUUUUC